AUGCGCGUCUUAGUCUUGCUAUAUCGACUCCUCCAGACCGCUGUGCCUGCGUACGGAGGGACGAUCGAAAGAGCCCGGCGUGGAGGAGAUGUUGGGUACUCCGCUGGUCUGUCCAGCCAGUAUAAGCUGACGCCGGAGACAAGAGGAGGGAAUGAGACACCAUUAUGGAAACACAAUGUACCAGGCGUCCUCCGCGACAUGUUGAAUGCCUUGGACGUCAUGCAAGAUUCAUACUUUGACAUUUUCACGGGGACAUGGCCUAAUGCCAUCGACUGGACCUCUGCGGUGAUGGGGACACAUGUCUCGGCCACGCUCGCCAGCAUUGUCUCCUCCCUGGAUGUAUCUUCCAUGGCCACCUGUUCUGACAUGCUCUCGUGGCAGAACAUAGUGGAACGAUAUUACGCGCACACGACCGUCUUCUAUUUUGGCGAGAAUGCGUUCGCUUUACGAAAUCAGGCUUACGAUGACAUGCUGUGGGUUGUUCUUGGCUGGCUCGAGAACUUGAAAUUUGCCGAAAUGUAUACCUUGAAACACUGGGACUUUCUCCAAUCUGGACGGCGCGGCGAGGCGGGAAUCGGGUGGCAUGGUCUUCAAAUCAGCCCGAUGGCCGCUCACCGCGCCCGGAUAUUUUACGACCUGGCAUCUGUGGGAUGGGGCGAAUCUCCCCGUGGGGGCGGGAUGACUUGGAACCCCUAUCUGACUCCCUACAAGAACGCCAUUACGAAUGAACUGUUUGCUGCGGCGAGCAUUGCCAUGUAUCUCUACCACCCGGGUGACAACAACACUUCGCCCUAUCUGGUACAAAGUGGGGAUGGGCUCUCCAAACCUCAUGAUCCUGUGUAUUUGGAAAACGCCAUCAAGAGUUAUAAAUGGCUUAUGGGGAGCCAAAUGCGCAGUCCCAAGUCCGGUCUUUAUCAGGAUGGCUUCCACGUCACGGGUUGGCGCCGAUACCCGAACGGUACCGUCGACCCAGGCACCGGAAACUGCGACGACCCCGAUCCCAUGGUGUAUACCUACAAUCAAGGCGUGGUCUUGUCCGCUAGUCGCGGUCUGUGGCUAGCCACUGGAGCCAGGAGCUAUUUGGAUGACGGCCAUGCUCUAGUCGAGAGUGUGGUCCGGGCAACCGGGUGGCCCAACUCAGGCCCGAUCUGGAGCGGGUUGGGCCGCGCUGGGGUUCUGGAAGAAUUCUGCGACCACAGCGGGUAUUGCAGUCAGGACGGCCAGACGUUCAAGGGCAUAUUUUUCCACCAUUUGUCCGAGUUUUGCCGGCCCUUGUGGCCACAGGAAGAGGCAUUCAUAGCAUCAGACAAAGGGGCCGGUUUUGACCGAAGCGUUUAUCGAUACCACCUCGCCCGCUGCGCUGCUUAUGACAAAUGGGUGGCCCAUAAUGCCAACGCGGCUUCGGCCACGCGAGAUGCCGACGGGCACUUUGGGAUGUGGUGGUCCUUCGAGGAGCCCGACGAGGACACGAUGGCGGAGAUUCGAGAGAGCACCGUUCUUCCGCCCGGCGCGGAUGACCACCUCAAUCCCCACCGCCCCGAGGACUGGCCGAAGCAAAUCAUCAACGCGACCGAUAGAAACGAUCGAGGAAGAGGACGAACCGUCGAGACACAGAGUGGCGGGUUGGCAGUCCUUCGGGCCCAAUGGAACUGGCAAAUGCAUUUACAGCAGAUUUCAACCUAA